AUCCGAUCCGCAACAUCAUCCGACCUACCAACCAUCAUCAGCUUGUACCUGGUUGACUUCUGGGACGAACAGUUGAUGGAAAUGUUGCACCCCUACCGGAACAAGAACCCCGCGGACUUUGAGCGUUUCAUUCAGGACAUGCUCACCGAACGGUGGUUAACCCUAGGCUUAGAGCAGUACGUCGAUGUCCUCGUCACCGAAGGCGGCAAGAUCGUCGGAUUCGCCUGGUGGCGGCGCUCGUGGCAGGACGAGCAGAAGAAGCAGGACACCGAGGGCUGGCUGACGAUGCGUGAGUCACUGGCUCUCCCCCUUAAUGAUCUCCCCAAAUCAAACUGUGCACCAAGCUCUGGCCGUACCGCUCCGCCGACCCAGCCGUGGCUGGCGCCGAGAAACGGGUCCCGGCAAAAGGCGUGGAUGCUGCUCACGCUCGCGGUGCAUCCGGCCUUCCAGAAGAAGGGGCUGGGCACAAUGCUGGUAAAGCACGGCCUUGCUCGAGCAGACGAGGAAGAUCAGACAGCCUGGCUCAUCUCGAGGGAGGGACUGGAGGGGUGGUAUGGACGGUUGGGUUUCGUGGAAAAGGGGCGGGCGAAUAUCGGGGAGCUGGCGCGGUUGGGAUGGAGGGGCCGUGAUGUUUCGGGAGAGACAGGACUCGUAAGAGAGGUACCAUGA